UCCGCACAGGUCGAGCAACUUCCAAAAAUUGGGAAGAUAAUGAAGGGUUGUAUUAUUAUAUGGAAAAUAUUGGGCAAAAGCCUCAUCAAUUAAGUGAAACCCUUUUAUUUUCUCCACGCCCUAGCCGCAGCCUUUACGAUGCUGGAGCAGAAGGUUCAUCAGUUUUGCGUUCACAAAGAGGUAUUUUACAACAAGAACAACCUCUUAUAGUUAUUGAUGCAGAUGAUGGACAAUUAAUGAGAUAUGGACGUUGAAAAAUAAAUUUGAGAAAAAAGAAAAUUUGAUGAUUUAAUUUAAAAAUGUAUUAAUUUUGCAUGAUUUUGUUAAAGCUUUAUCAUUAAGUUGAAGCAAAAAAAGUUGAAACGUUUUAUUAUUUUUAUUUUAUUCCGCCUGCUUCAGAUUAUUUAUAUUCCGCUUGCUUCUUAUUUUAAUUCCGCCUGUUUCUUUUUUUAAUUCCGCUUGCUUCAGAUUAUAUUCCGCCUGCUUCAGAACUAGAAUUUUCAAUAAUUCAAUACAAAUAUUUAAAUCCGCCUGUUUUC